CCCCCCCGCCCGCUGCUGUCAGUGCGGUGGCUGCGCCGGGCAACAUGGCGUCGGAGGGGAUGAUUCUAACGAACCACGAUCACCAGAUCCGCGUCGGGGUGCUCACAGUGAGUGACAGUUGCUUCAGGAACCUUGCCGAGGAUCGUAGUGGGAUAAACCUUAAAGAUCUGGUCCAGGACCCUUCUUUGUUGGGUGGGACUAUAUCUGCAUACAAGAUAGUGCCAGAUGAAAUAGAAGAAAUCAAGGAGACGCUGAUAGAUUGGUGUGAUGAAAAGGAACUUAAUUUGAUUUUAACAACUGGAGGAACAGGGUUUGCACCACGAGAUGUCACCCCAGAGAAAUUCCCAACAUUCCCAUUAUGUGGGCUCCAGAGAGGGGCCACUAAAGAAGUAAUAGAGCGAGAAGCACCGGGGAUGGCCCUGGCAAUGCUGAUGGGAUCACUUAAUGUAACUCCUCUGGGCAUGCUCUCUAGACCUGUAUGUGGAAUCAGAGGGAAAACUCUCAUAAUUAAUCUGCCAGGUAGCAAGAAAGGGUCACAGGAAUGCUUUCAGUUUAUACUGCCAGCCCUACCUCAUGCCAUUGAUCUUUUGCGAGAUGCCAUUGUAAAAGUAAAGGAGGUACACGAUGAGCUAGAAGAUCUACCUUCACCACCACCUCCUCUUUCUCCUCCUCCAACCACCAGCCCUCACAAGCAGACAGAGGACAAAGGAGUACAGUGUGAGGAAGAGGAGGAAGAGAAGAAGGAUAGUGGAGUUGCAUCAACAGAGGACAGUUCCUCUUCACAUAUAACUGCAGCAGCCAUUGCAGCUAAGAAACAUCCAUCCUACACCAGUUCAGCAGUUAUUAUGGCAAAAGGUGAACAGCCCAUUCCUGGUCUCAUCAGUUAUUGCCAUCAUGCAGCAGGCAGUGCAGAAGAACCGAUUCCAGAUUCCAUCAUUUCUCGUGGUGUUCAGGUGCUCCCACGUGAUACAGCCUCCCUCAGCACUACCCCUUCAGAAUCUCCUCGUGCCCAAGCCACCUCUCGUCUCUCCACUGCAUCCUGCCCAACACCAAAACAAAUUAGACGGCCGGAUGAAAGCAAAGGAGUUGCUAGUAGAGUUGGAUCCCUCAAACUCCAUCGAAAGCUGGAGGAGCUCAGAGAUCACCUAGAAGGCAAUGUCAAAGGAUGCUCUCUCCGAGCAAAUGCUCGGCUCCCUUCGUGCUCAUCCACCUAUAGUGUUUCUGAGCUCCACUAUAGGUUGGAAGGGCUUAAAGAUGAACUCAGGAGGAAUAGAGGCUACAACUCGAGAGUCCAGUCUAGGUGCAGCAGCAAGGAGAACAUCCUCCGAGCAAGUCACAGUGCUGUUGACAUUACCAAGGUAGCAAGAAGACACCGCAUGUCUCCAUUUCCAUUAACAUCCAUGGACAAAGCCUUCAUCACAGUUCUGGAGAUGACCCCAGUGCUUGGAACAGAAAUCAUUAAUUACAGAGAUGGAAUGGGCCGAGUCCUUGCUCAAGAUGUAUAUGCAAAAGAUAAUCUACCACCAUUUCCAGCAUCUGUAAAAGAUGGCUACGCUGUCAGAGCUGCUGAUGGCCCAGGGGAUCGAUUCAUCAUUGGGGAAUCCCAGGCUGGAGAGCAGCCAACUCAAACUGUGAUGCCAGGUCAGGUAAUGCGAGUUACAACCGGUGCUCCAAUCCCUUGUGGUGCUGAUGCAGUGGUGCAAGUGGAAGAUACAGAACUCAUCAGGGAAUCAGAUGAUGGCACUGAAGAGUUAGAAGUUCGAAUCCUGGUACAAGCUCGACCAGGCCAAGAUAUCAGACCUAUAGGACAUGACAUUAAAAGAGGUGAAUGUGUGCUGGCUAAAGGAACUCACAUGGGUCCAUCUGAGAUUGGUCUCUUAGCUACCGUUGGAGUAACCGAAGUAGAAGUUAACAAGUUUCCAGUGGUUGCAGUCAUGUCAACAGGGAAUGAGCUACUGAAUCCCGAAGAUGAUCUCUUGCCAGGAAAGAUUCGAGACAGUAACCGCUCAACUCUCCUAGCUACUAUCCAAGAACAUGGCUAUCCAACAAUCAACUUGGGAAUUGUGGGAGAUAAGAAGCCAGAUGUUUUUAAAGAAGAAGGGACACAGAGCUUCCAGAACACUGCGGAGACAGGCCUACCAGAUUGCCCAGAUGAUUUACUGAAUGCACUGAAUGAGGGUAUCAGCCGUGCUGAUGUGAUCAUUACAUCGGGAGGCGUGUCUAUGGGAGAAAAGAAUUGUUGAUUGAGUUCCUGUUGGUAAUCCCUGUGCCAAAACCAUCAAAGAAAAUAGGGAUACACAGAUGCUGGUGGGGCGUAGAUGAACCUGCAGGAGAUUUAUUAAUCAUGACUUAUGCGAAGGAAAACUCAGAUUACUUUUUGAUCCCAGACUGAAUCUGUGAGUUUGGCAGGUAAAAGAAACAUCUCUCCUUUUAUAAAUAACAGAUACUAAAGUCAGCCAUUAGGAGAUGACAAACAUGAGUGCUGUUUUUGUCACUUUUCUGAGUAGAAAUCAUAUUGUUGGAUACGUCAAAGAAAUGAUUAACAAAUUAAACCAACGCCAAUUACUUUAAAUUCCUUUAUUCCUCUCAGUAUUCCUAGAAAAAUAUCAAAGGCCAAGUGCUGGUCUUUAAAUUGGGAGUGUGGUGACCUAGUACAGACAUGGGAACUCUAGAAAGAGACUAGACUGCUGAAUGGUCUUACAGGCAUUUACACGUUCUGGCUAAAUUCUCCCUAGCCUGAAUUUUAGGCAACUGCAUAAAGUCAGUGGGCCCUAUAUUCCACUGACAGUUCUCCCUCUGAUACUGAGCAUUCAGGACAUGUAAUGAAAUAACUGUGAACAUCCAAAAACUAAAUAGCAAAUAAAAAUUUGGUUAAUGCAUUCAGUGAGUGAGAAUUCACGCCUGGCUGAAAAAAAAAGUUGCUGCUUUCCAAGUAUUUGAAAAACAACAACAACAAAAGAAAGAAGGAAAGAAAGAGAAAAAUGGGAAAACUGCAAGGGAAUUUCAGAUUUACUACUUCCAAAGUCUGUCUUAGCAGAUGAUUGUUAUGUCCUUUGUCUGAAGUCUCACUAAACACAACAGAUAGUAUACUGAAUCUUUGAAUGUAGCAAUUUUUAAUGAAGACUGAAUAUGUAAUUCCAGUUUUCUUAACUGGAUCAGUAGUAUUUAUGCAUAAUUGUUUUUGAACUAUUGCAAAAGCCAUCCACAGUUUUUCCUUUCUAAGAAACUUAGGAUAGUUAAACCUGACCACAUCCCCAAGAAAUGACAGUAAUUACAGUAUCCUGGAAAACUAUGAUUUCUACAGUGCAGUCUUGAAUUCAAAAGUACUAGGAGAUCUCUUACUCUGCCACAGGAUAGCUUCUGUGGCAAAAAGUUAAAUAACCUGAUGAUUUUAAGGCUUAACUUUGAAUCAUAAAGGCUUUUUUUUUUCCAUCUUUAACAGAGAGAAUGUUUUAAUAGCCUCUUUGUGGGAUCCUUAAAUAUUCUGUUGCUGCAGCUGACUUUUAAGUAAAUAUAUUAUUGUGUCCUUGUAGAGUCAGGUUUGGCACCUGAAAUGAGUCUGUUCUUCACGUCUUAUUUUUGAAAAUACUUUCUUUCAAAUACUGGAAAUUCCCAAUUGGACUGUAGCACUUUCAGGAUAUAGCAAGUCUUUCAUCUUCAUUUGAUAUCAGUUAA